UUCCUUCGCCAUAGAGGGCGAUGUGAACUUCCUUGCCGUCUGUAACCUGCCACCAGCGAGGGAGAGUAAAUAGCCGAGCAUGUCUACCUUGCAGGAUGUAUAAAGCGAAGUAUUUUGACCUUUUUGUCUUUUUAGAUGAGAUUUAAAUUCGGACCACAUCUGCUAUUACGUUUUAAUAGCAUAACGUUUUCAUGAAAUAAAAUGGCGGCCAACAUCAAAGAUAAAGAAGCUUUUCAGAGGCUGAACUUCCUCUAUCAAGCUGCACAUUGUGUAUUGGCUCAAAACCCGAAGAACACUGAACUGGCCCGAUUUUACUGCUUCACCCAGAAGACCAUAGCCAAACGCCUGGUGCUGAGACAAGAUCCCUCAGUGAAAAGGACCAUGUGUAGGAAAUGCUGUGCUUUACUGAUACCUGGGGUUACAGCAACUGUCAGACAAAGAAGUUCUCAGAGGCAGCGUGCAACACUAAUACGAUGUCUCAGCUGUGGGCAAACCAAAAAGUAUCCCAACAACCCAAAACAUCAGUUGUGGGUGGACAAACCAGAGGCUCAGUUAGAGAAUCAGCUUCAGCCAGAAGCCAGUCCAUCAUCCAACAAUUUCACCCAGAAGGAUAAACCUGACAAAUCCAGUACUGUGGCUCCUGUGAUCCAGGACACUGCCUCUUGAGUUCAAACUCUGAACUCCUUUAUUUUCAUCACUGCAGCAUUAGAAGUUUGCUGCUGUGACUUUAAAGUUAGGUGAAGAUAACAGUGAGAACAGAAUCAUUACAAGCCAGCUGUGCUAAUGCUUAGUUAACUUUAUAUUUCAGACUGCAACAAAUGCUUGGGAUGGCAGAUUCAUGUAAUUCAGAGGUAAAUCCCAGCUGCAAUGUGUAGAGUAUCGAGUAAUUCUGGUAUCUGCCCAGUGUACGCUGUUAAACAGAAGCCCAAAAAUACUUAAUUUAUUAAUUUAGGAUUUAUGCUAAUACUUUAGCCUUUACAUGCACAUCCUAGGAAGCAUGAUGUCAUUGUGUAAAGUUUGACAUUAAAGUGUAAACUGUUCAGUAGAAAAAUAAAUUGCAGUAAAAGCUU